AAAAUUUGAAGCCGUUUGUUUACGUGUAACGACUUUAUAGAGCGGAAGUUUGGAGUGAUACUUGAAAUAGUAGAAAAUGAGUUUUUAAUUUAAUAAAAUAAACAAUAAAACAAUAUCAGUGAUUGUAGAAUAUAUUCUUUUAGUCACAAGUUAUAAACUUUGAAGAAAAGAUGAAAUCCGCGCGUUCGAAACCAGCGACCUCGGCUCGAAAGCCAAUCAGUCGAACGAGGUUCAACAACAAUAAUAACAUGCAGAGCAAGGAUCCCGUGCAAGUCUAUUGCCGUUUGCGUCCAAUGCAAUUUCCAACGGACACAUCGUGCAUGAAAGUAAUUUCAGAUCCGACAAUAGUAAUCACUCCGCCAGAGUCGGCGGCGAACUUUCGCUUGACAACUUGCAAGGAAAUACAAACCACGUUUACCCGUGUCUUUAAUUCGGAGGUUCCUCAGCGAGAAGUCUUUAAUAUGGUUGCCCUGCCUCUUGUCGAAAAUCUAAUUCAAGGCAGAAAUAGUUUAUUGUUUACGUAUGGAGUCACUGGAAGCGGAAAGACUUACACAAUGACGGGCGAACCACAAGACAGUGGAAUAAUGCCUAGAUCUUUGGAUGUUAUUUUCAAUAGUAUCGCCAAUUAUCAGGCGAAAAAAUUUGUCUUCAAACCGGACAAACUGAAUGGAUUCGAUGUGCAAAGUGAAACUGAUGCCAUGCUGGACAGGCAAAAUGAAUUACACGCAGGAUUGAUGACUCCACGAAAUGGAAAGAUUAGAACACGAAAAGCCGACAGUGAUAGUGAUAGUAAUCCAAUGAUUUUUCGAGCCGCUGAAGAAUCUCAAAUCAUUCAUGUGGAUCCUGACAAUGUUUACUCGGUUUUUGUGACAUACGUGGAAAUUUAUAACAAUAGUGUUUACGAUUUAUUGGAGGAGGACGAAGUUAGAGCAAAAACUCUACAAAGUAAAAUUGUCCGAGAAGAUGGCAAUAAAAAUAUGUACGUUCAUGCCGUGACUGAAGUUGAAGUAAAAAGUACAGAAGAAGCUUUCGAAGUAUUUCAAAGAGGACAACGAAGACGGCGAGUCGCGCACACUGCACUUAAUGCAGAGUCAAGCAGAUCUCACAGUGUCUUUACAAUCAGACUUGUCCAGGCUCCUCUGGAUUGCGAAGGAGAGCAGGCAAUUCAGGACAAGCGAGUUGUUUGCAUAAGUCAAUUAUCGCUGGUUGAUUUAGCGGGAAGUGAACGAACGAAUCGCACAAAAAAUACGGGACAACGUUUGCGAGAAGCAGGAAACAUUAAUAAUUCUCUGAUGACUCUAAGAUCGUGUUUGGAGAUUUUACGUGAAAAUCAGACACAAAGUGCAAGUAAAAUGGUACCAUAUCGUGAUUCAAAGUUAACGCAUCUUUUUAAAAACUACUUUGACGGAGAAGGCCAGGUCAGAAUGAUAGUUUGCGUCAAUCCAAGAGCUGACGAUUAUGAUGAAACAAUUCAAGUGAUGAAGUUUGCCGAAAUAACUCAGGAAGUUCAAGUAUCAAGACCGCAAAUUACGAAAUUCGAUUUGGGCUUCACACCCGGUAGACGUCAAGCAAAUAAAUUAUUCAAAGAGGCACGCAGUCGAUUAGAGAAGGAAGGAAAAAUCGAAGCGGCUGAUUUGGAAAUCGACCUGGGUCUUGUUUACAGUCUUGGAGGUUCAUUCCCGGAAUUGGAAAUUAAUAAUCCUCAUAACGAUCAAAUUAUCACAGGAUUAAUGCAUUUUCUGGAGCAGAGAAUUAAUAAGCGAAACAUACUACGUGCAGAUCUUCAACAAAAGCAAACUGAUUUUAGAAAACUUCUUUUGACAAUGGAACAGGAAAAUAUGAAUUUAAAGGUGGAAAACGCUUCAAUUAAAGCUUCUCAUGCACAGCAGAAAAAGAAGGUUUCAGCGCUAGAAGGACAUUUAUGUAAAACAGAAACUCAAAUUGAUAGUUUACUUCGUAAAUUAAACAACGCCAAUGAUACAAUUAGAGGUUUACAACAAGAGUUGAAAGACAGAGAUAUGGCUCUUAAUCAACGGAUAAUUGAUAAACAGAGAGUAAAGCAAAAAUACAAUACGAAAUUCCAGCAAGAGAAGGAUCAUAUGACUAGAGAAUUGGAAAUAAAAUUACGAGUACAGCGCGAGCAUCUUCAGAAUCAAAUGAAGGAAAAAGAAGAUAAAUUACGACUUGUUACAAAAAUUUUAGUAGACGACAAUGGAUUAACUUCGGCUAGAAGCGAUCAAAAGGGUAUAAUUCCAGUUCUCCCAAAUGCAGCAGGAGAUGUUUUAUCUAUAAAAACUCCUGGUGGAAGAGAUGUUCGAUCAAGACGGGAUAAAGUUCCAGUUGCGAAUCCAAGAUAUCGAAGAUCUCAGAGUGCAGACAGAUGGGUGGACCAUAGACCUGGAGCUUUAGUUCCAGUUGACACGGUUCUUCAGCCUUUAAUGCGCAGAAGAAGAAGUAUAUCGAAAUUAACAAGUCCCAAGGAAAUAACGGAAGGUGCCUCCAAAUAUUGUCUUAUUGCUCAAAAUCAUGAUUCUCAAGGGGAACUUGAAACCAAACUCUACAAAGGAGAUAUUGUUCCAACGAGCGGUGGAGGAGCUCAAGUAGUUUUUAACGAUGUUGAAUGUCUUAAGCAAAUGUCACCAACCGGCAACAGAAAACGCAGUGUACCCACAACGUCUUCUCAGGCAAAUACUCAAUCAAAUUCCGAGCAGUGCUUUACCAUUGAGUCUAAUUCAAAGAAGCCUCGAGUGUAAUUUUUAUUUAUUUAUUAACAAACCUUUAACGUUAGUGAAUGAAUUUCAAUUUAUCCAACGAUAA